UCCACGCGCACCAGGCGGCGUCAAACUGAACUGUAAACUUAAUCCGACACGAAGGAGCGAGUCGACUGUCUCUUAAACGUGUAAAAUCACUAUUAAACCGCACACGACUCGACAGUUAACUCGUUUGAAGGCAAAACAGCGCCUGUAACCCCAACUAUUCUCGACGUUUUAUGUGCAGUACAAAAAAUAUACCCAGUUUGAGAUGGGGGGGAAGUCCCCGUGAGGAAAUCCCCUGUUCAUAAUUUCGAAAUUGAGUGAGGCUCUCGCAGACUGAAACUGCUCUGAAACAUUUUGGUCUAACAUAAGUUACAGCAGACGCCUGUGAGCCCUAUGACACUCAGACCUGUACAAUCUAUGGGAAAUUUGUACUAUAUGUGCUCGUUUUAACGGAUUGCUCAGCAUGGAUGAGAUGAAGAGGGAGAACGAGGCGCUGAGGGCGAAGUUGCGCAGCUGCUCUACUCUCAACACAAUUUACCACGAAACACAGCAAGAAAUUGCUCGUUUAAAUCAGUUGGUGACCUCCAAAGACGGGAUUAUUGCCGAUUUGAGGGCAAGACUGGGGAAGUAUGAGAAAACCGUGGUCAUUGAGGGAGAGGAACCUUAUAUUGUAGGGCCAUCGAAGUCACUCAUCGAAAGUUUGUGUAAGGAAAUUUGCAAAUUAAAGCAAAAACUGAAGGAUUUAGAGAAAGACACUGCCCAGAAAUUGGAAACCAGAGACAAAGAGAUCCAGAGAUUGCAGGAAAAGUUGAAGGAGAGGGAUCAAGAGUUGCUGACCAUCAGGGAAAGACCAGAGCAGGAGAAAGAGAGGGAGAUCCAGCAACUGCGCACCACAUUGGCCGAAAGAGAUCGGACACAGGCCACCAGGACUGUACUUUGCAACUCUCUUGCUGAAGAAGCCGAUCAGUUAAGGGCCCAGUUGGGGGCCACUGUGCAGGUGUGUCAGGAGCUUUUGGGACGGCUGGAAAACGAGAAAAACAAAACAGCCAUGACGGAUCAGAGAACUCAAGUUCAUGAGACAUCAGAUUCCCCCGAAGUUCCCCAGCUAAAUGUCAUCAUCAGCAAGUUAGAAGAGGAGAACGACCAGCUCAAGAAGAGAGUGGCAUAUGUGGAAAGUUUAAACUCAAAAUGGCAGAAGUAUGACUCGAGUAGAGAAGAGUACGUGAGGGGUUUGUGUCAGAAGUUGAAAGAGUCAAAUGGCCUGGCUUCCGCAGAUCCGACUCUAACCCAAGCCCCGACUGCGGGACACGUGGCUUUGUUCCAGCAGGAAAUUGUGAGACUCAACGGCCUCCUGCAGGACAAGAUGAUGGAGUGUGAGAGAUUCAGUAGAGAGAGGGAUGACAAUGCGAGAAGAGACCAAGAGCAGAUACAGAUGCUCGAGCAGCAGGUUCUGGCCUAUGUUGAAGACUUUAAAUCGGAAAGGGCAGACCGAGAGAGGGCUCAGGGUAAAAUCAUGGACCUUCAAGAUGAAGUUGGGCGACUUCAGCUGCAAAUACGUUCACAGAAUGUCCAAGAAGCUUCAACCUCACGCCAUAAAAAAAUCAUGGUCCUAAAAAAAGCUAGCCACCGACAAACGGAAACGGCAGAACCACUAAGAAACAGUCCCCCAGAAACAAGCUCAAAGAGGACUAUCAGUAACACUGCGCCACAAGGAGCCGCCGAGCUGCAAUGCCCUCGGUGUUUCAUCAGGUUCGACGACGAGCACACGACCGAAUACCUUAAACACUGGGACGAGUGUGCCAAGCUGUGAGUCUCUCACCUCACUGACUUUACACAGAAAGCACUGAGGACACAAUCACUACAAGCUCACAUGGGACUUAUUGGGAGAUGCGACAAGACAGGGACACGUUUUAUGGGAUGGAGUCGUAGGAAGAGCUUUUUCUAGUGAGUUUUUGGCUUUUCGAGGUCGUUUGUGGCCUAGGACUCAAGAUAUGAGUUGGUUGUGUCCAAUCUAAAGGCUUACUCACUUCGCUGUCGUUGAAUGCAGAUGGUUUGGUUAUGAAAAGUUAUUCAGUCUUGGGCAUCUGCGGUUGUCACAUAAGGGUUUUGCCAGUUCUUUGGUGUCAUGGUUUACAGCAUGGUACGUUUAGAGUUCCGAAUCAAACUAUGCUAAAGGCCAAAUUGCAGAUCUGUGUGUGUAUACCUCACCUAUUUGUAGUCUCUAUCAGCUGGUUUGCACUUUUUUUUUGUACUAUUUUAAUUAUUGUCUACACAAUUUAUUAUAUUUAAUUCAUUAGUUCCUUUAUUAUUAGAUUUUGAAUAUAGUUCAUGUUGUUUCGUCAUGGUGCUAUAUGUACAGUAUUUUGUAAUGUUUCCAUUUGUAGUUAUACUGUUAUAUAUCUUUAAAUCAGAUCAUUUAAAUUAUACCAAAGGAAACAGCAUCACAAUGCACACUAUUAAUAAUCUUUAGAUUUGUUUUGCGAUUAUUAUUCAUUUAAAUAACAUCCAACUUUUUUUAUUUUAAAUGUUAUAUGGCUUCAUCAUAUAACGUGUUAUUACUUUCUCAGACAUUAAGGCACCUUUUUGACUGUGAGGUACUUGCCAUUUGAUCCCCCCUCUGUAGUUGAAAACAUUCUAGUUUUAAGUAAGAGAGGAAGUUCCCUACAUCCUGGUAAACUGAGACAUCAAAUGUUCACAUCUCAGAUGCUGCGUCUGACAAAAUGGCCUUCUACUACAGCACGUUUGAACACUUCUGCAGAAAUUUAAAAGAAUUUAUCGAAAAACAAAAUUGAGGAAUAACAGUGAUGCCAAAGGAAGACUUUAAGAUGUUGAGAGGAUUUAUUUUUGUAAUAAAAGACAUGCUUAAAAGACUUUCUUU